GCUUUGUCAGAGGUUUCAUGUUACCAAAUUUUGGAAAUACCAGGAUUUUAUGGACGGUUUUUGCGUGACUAGAUCAGGCAAACAGAUCCAACGUCGGAGCCUACCUUAACCUUGUUACUCUUAUCCCAAAUCUACAUUAGUCUGUCACUAUCUCACUCUUUUCGCUUCUACUCUCGUUCUUUCCUUGACACCUUUCCUCCAUGACUCGAAAGCUCCUCGUCGUCAACCCCAAUACCAGUCAAAAGAUGACCAACACCAUAGCGCAAAGCGUAGAGGCGGCUUCUAGUGUCUUUGGCGACUUCAUACAGUCCACCACCGUAUGUGCGGACAAGGGCGUAGAGUCAGUGGAAGGAGCGUUCGACGAAGCGAUCAGCACAUACUGGACUCUAGAGAAAGUGCUGCCGUUGCUAGAUCAAUACGACGCAAUACUGAUUGCUUGCUUUUCCAACCAUGCGUCGGUCAAAGCGUUACGAGAGGCUACGAAUAAGCCUGUGCUGCAUGUGAUGGAGGCAGCUAUCCUCCAAGCAUGUCCUUUAGGAGCGACGUUCUCAAUUGUGACUGAUUCCGAUCAUUGGCGACCGUUAUUAGAGGAAGGAGUUCGUGACCUUGGCGCUCAUGACAAACUGGCUAGCGUACGGGAUGCAGGUAUGACGGCGUUGGAUACCGUCAGUCUUGCCCGGGAGGAAGUGGUUCGUAGACUGGUGGAGGCCAGCCGUGUGGCUGUACAGGAAGAUAAGGCAGAAGUCAUUUUACUUGGCUGUGCAGGCAUGGCCGGUCUCAAGGAAACCAUCUCGUCUCAGUUAGGUGUGCCUGUGAUUGAUGCCGUUAUGGCCGGCGUGUGUGUAGCAGCUGGGCUUCUAGCUUCCGGUGGCCUUACCAGCAAACGAGCCAUGUACACGCAACUAGAGCCUCGCCCCAACGAAGUCAACGUACCGGAACCAGGCAUCAUGGCUGCCUACGGUGCGAACGCCGCGCAAUAGAACAUAUAAACAAGCCAGCCGGAGUUCUGUCAAUAGAGUUUUCGUCUAACAAAACAGCCGAUCAAAUAUAAACCAUAAAAUAAAAAACUCAAGCCCAUUUGUUUUUGAGAAGAAACUGAAAAGCAUUAUAUUCAUUUGUCUUGUUAAAUUACAAAUGCGAGAGCCAUCAUCUCGGAAGCGCUACG